AUGAGUGAACAGGAGAAGGAGACAGAGGAGGAUGAGGGAGGGGGCACUUCUGACACGGCACCCAUGCUGCCAGGAAGACUUCCUGACUGCCAGGCCUCAGCCGGGAUGUCCCCAGGAUGGGUAGGCCUGGCUGUCCACGGCUUGGGGACCCUGUUGCUGCCUGGCCAGGCCCUGGCGGGGCUCCUGCUGCGGCUGCUGCUGCCUUCGACAGUGUUCCUGCUCGUGCUGCUGCCCUCGGCUGCCAUCGUGUUCCUGGGAUUCCUGUGCCACUCGAGGGUUCACCCGGCUCCCCGCCCCGCGUGCCGCGCGCUCCUCUCGGACAGGGGCUCCGCGGCGCUCAUCGUCCUCGGCUUCCUCUCGCUGCCUCCGCUGCUCGUGCUUGCCUCGGCCGCCCGCGCCCGCCUGGCCCGGCGCCUCCGCGCGCUGCUGCCGCCCGAAGCCUGGAGCCCUGGAGCCCGCCGCCGCGCUGGGUGCCGCGACCGUGGGCGACUGGGACGCCACCCCGACGGCGACGAGCCGCUCUGCGCCUGGGUGUGA